UUUUCAAUCAUUUUUGUAGUUUUGUACCAAUUUUUUUUUUUUGUUUCGUUAUAAUUUUGUCUUUUUUUUGUUAUAUUUAUGUAUUAUUAUAUAAUAAAUACAUAUAUUGUUUGUUGUUUAUAAAUAAAUAACAAAACAGAUUAAUAUAUGUCGAACUCACAAUCUGUAUUUAAUUUCUGCCAUGUUAAUUACAAGACCCCCGACAAGAUGAUGUCUUCAAAGAGUGAAUUAAAAAAAUUGUCUGAAGAAAGCUUAACCAGGCAGCCAGAAGAAGUGUUUGACAUUAUUUGUAAACUUGGAGAAGGUUCCUAUGGAAGUGUAUUUAAAGCACUGCACAAAGAGUCUGGUCAAGUACUUGCUAUUAAGCAAGUACCGGUUGAUACAGAUCUACAGGAAAUCAUAAAAGAAAUAUCUAUUAUGCAACAAUGCGAUAGCCCCUACGUAGUUAAAUACUAUGGUUCAUAUUUUAAGAAUACUGAUUUAUGGAUUGUUAUGGAAUAUUGUGGUGCUGGUUCAGUAUCUGACAUUAUGAGAUUAAGAAAAAAGACACUGUCAGAAGACGAAAUAGCUACUAUAUUAUCAGACACACUUAAAGGAUUGGAGUACUUACAUUUAAGAAGAAAAAUACAUAGGGAUAUUAAAGCUGGUAAUAUAUUGUUAAAUUCUGAAGGACAUGCUAAACUAGCUGAUUUUGGAGUUGCAGGACAGCUGACUGAUACAAUGGCCAAAAGAAAUACUGUAAUAGGAACUCCAUUUUGGAUGGCACCUGAAGUAAUCCAAGAAAUAGGAUAUGAUUGUGUUGCUGAUAUGUGGAGCUUAGGAAUAACUGCAUUAGAAAUGGCGGAAGGCAAACCUCCAUACGGUGAUAUACAUCCAAUGCGCGCCAUAUUCAUGAUACCAACUAAACCACCACCUUCAUUUAGAGAACCAGAUAAGUGGUCUCCAGAAUUUAUUGAUUUUGUUAGUCAAUGUUUGAUUAAAAACCCAGAGGAACGAGCGACAGCUACAAAAAUGUUGGAUCAUGAAUUUAUUGGUAAUGCAAAGCCACCAGAAAUUUUAAGUCAGAUGAUUGCCGAAGCAAGAGAAAUUCGAGAGAAUCAAACUCUCCGUUCUAAUUCAUGUAAAGUAACAUCAGCUGAACAUAAAGAUCAAAACUCUAAAGAAGAUGAUAUUGACAGUCGUACAAUGAUAGUAGAUGAUAGUACUCUUGUACCAGAUAAAUCAAAAGGAACAAGUUUAAAAAGUAAUUCAGUCAUAGAAGAAUUGAGAACAAUGGUAAUUAAUAGUGAUGGAGAAGAUGAUUCUACAAUGAAAAGACAUGAUACAGGACCUGAAGAAUCGGGUAAAAAGUAUAGACCCUUAUUUUUAGAUCAUUUUGAUAAAAAAAUUGCAGAAAAAUCAAAAAAUGAUAAUUUUGAGUCAGAAAACAAAUUAUUUGACGAUGGACCAGAUUCUGCUCAAGACAUUUCUCAGAAUGACGAAUGUGAAAAAACUAUAACUUCCCAUCAAUUUCCUAUGCCGCAAAUAAAUUGUAGACCUGAUGUAAAUGCACCUCCAACUCUUCAUCAAAACCGACACUACUCACCAAUUGUUGAUGGAGACUUUGAAUUUUUAAGAUAUUUAACUUUUGAUGACUUGCAACAACGAAUGUCCAAUUUGGAUUCUGACAUGGAACGUGAAAUUGAUGAGCUACGACGUCGCUAUCAAACAAAACGCCAACCAAUACUAGAUGCUAUGGAUCAGAAGCGUAAACGACAACAAAAUUUUUGAAAUAUUUAAUUCUGUACAGUUUAACAUUAAAGUUACAAAGAAAUUGAUGGCUGACCUCAGAUUUUCCCCAAUUUAGGUGCUACAUAAAUAUGUAUGCCAAUUCAGUUGCAAGGCAGGUAAUAUUUUAUAAGCCCAACUUCCCAAUAAUUUUUGAAACAUGAUAUUAUAACUGAUAAAUUGAUUUAUAAAUUAUUAUAAUAAUAGCCUUAAAAAAUAUCUAAGUCAUUUAUUCUGUCUUAAGUAUUAUUAUAGGACAAGUUAUUUUAAUCUAAUAGUAUCAAAAGUACAAUUUUGUAAUAUAAUAAGUAUAUAAAUCAAGUAUAAUUUCUACACAACUACCUAUCCAUGUUUGUUUUAAAGAUUUAAUAAAGUGUUCAAAUACCUUUAUAUUUUAUUUUUCAUUAAUAUUAAUUACCAAAAAUAGCAUAAGAAAUUAUUUAAAAGAUAUAGUAAUAUAACAUGGUAAUCAUGUAUUAAGUCAUGUAUUGAUCAAUUACCAGUAUAGGAUAUAAUUUUAGUUUAUAUAUAUAUAUAAUUAACAUUUUCCAAUAAUUUUUGGUCUUCCUUCAUUUUCCUUUGAUUUUUAAUUAACAUAAUAUUUUUAUAAGAAAUAAUGAUAGCCUUUGUCAUUAAAUUAUAGUUUAUUAUCUCAUUGAUGAUGUAUAUUAAUCUAAUAUUGAAUAAUAAUUCAUUAUAUUUUUUAGGCUUUUAAAUAUGUAGUAUUUAAAAAAAAAAUCAAAAUAUAUUUUGUCUAUGUUCUUGCAUGGAAAGAACUUAUACUUAAUAUAAUUAAAAUGUGAUUGGCCUAUAGUUGUGUUUAAACUGAUUGAAUUCAAUAUAAUUCAUAAAUAAAAUUCAGAAAAAGUCGUAUAUAUUUUUUUUUAUCAUUUAACAACUAAAUAAGAUAUUUUAAUGAUAUUUUGAAAUUGCUUGGCUAAAUAAAAAUGACUGCACAAAUCAAAUUUAAUUAGGUAUAUUUUAAUUAAAUUUUUUUUUUUUAAUUGAAGCAAUAUGAAAAUCAUGUACUAAAAUGUUAAAAGUGUAGACAGGACAGGGUGCAAAAGUUGUAACCAUAAUCGAGAUUCAAAGACUGGUUAUUACUUAUUAUUAUUUUUUUUUUUUAAAUGAUUUGCAUUUUCAGUCCAUUUCUUUAAAUUAUGAUUAUUGUUUAAUGUAGGUAAUCAACCCAACCCAACUAUUUCUAUACUACUAUACUAGUGUAAUAAUAAUAAUAAUAAUAAUAAAAAAGACUGACUGGAAAUUGAAAUCAUUGGAUCUAAUAAAUGUUUAUGUAAUUGUAAAAACCAAUAAUUGUUUUGGGUUACAUAUAUUUCAAUAAAAACAAAAAGUUUCUGGUCAAAAAUGAAUUAUAAUCUUAAUGUAAUGUAAUACAUUUUAUUUGUUUUAUUGUUGUUAUUUUAUGUUAAUGUGCUUUCAAUUUAAUUAAUUUUUUUUUUUUAAUAUUUAUGUGAGUUUAAUGAAAUAAAAUCUUGGUAACUAGGUUGUUAUAUUUUAACUAAACAAUAAAUAUUUAUUUAUUUAGAUAUAUGUUUAUUGUGUAACACUUGUAUUUUUGAUAUGUAACAAAGCAACUACUUUAGUUUCAAAUUAAUUUUAUAAAACUUUGAUUGAAAUAUGGUAAUUUCUGUUAACAUUUCUUUAAGAAUUAAAAAAUAAAAAUAAUAAUGCUUUUAAUUUAUUUAGUACAAUACUUUGUCAACUGUAUAUUUUUAUUACUAAACUUGUAAAAUCAAUUUUGCUUGGGAAAUUUAUAAAAAUUUAGGUUACUUAAUGAUUGUACUAUGACUUAUAAAAUAGUUUAUUCUAUUAUUAACUAAUAUGUUAAAAUUUAAAAUACACGUUUGUCUUAUGAACAACUUAAAAUUUGCCUCAUAUUAAAUUACAUAAAUUGCUCAAAAUUUCCCAUUUUAGUAUAUAAUAUUUACCAUUACAAAUAUUUUACUAUGUGCGUAAUGUACUAAUGUGUUAUAUUAACAUUUUUUUUUUGUGAAAAAUUUAUUUUUAACAAACAAUGUUAACUGUAUUGUGAUAGUUGUACAACUAUUUCUGUAGUAUUAUAUUAAUUAAACAUGGUUCGAUUGAUUAUAUUAUUAUUAUUAUUAUAUGUCUACAAUAACAUUACAUUAAACUUGCACAUACCGACCUGUGUAUUAUAACAAU